CUCAGUGUAACUUUUGCCUUGUGGUACACUGAUCGGCAGUUGAAAAUCACAAAAAUUUAUUUACUUUUUCAGUUAUUUAAAUCUACUUUUCUGGCAUGUCCAACUACGCUCCGUUUAUAAAACCGUACGUCCAGUACAACGAGCACGGCUGGGGUCCGUGCGAAGUGCCCGAUUUGGACGUGCCCUACCAGCCGUUCUGCAAGAGUGAUCGUCUGGGCAAGAUCUGCGACUGGACGGUGGCGGUGCAGGAGAAAAAGUUCCCCAACAAGUAUGCCUCGACCUUUGGCAACAACAGCCAGUAUGCGUACUUCCACGAGGACGACGAUGCCACCUUCCAUUUGGUGGAUAGCACCGGAUCGAGGGCCUUCAAGCCCUUUCAGCGCGGUCGCUACCGCCCCAACAUUCGCAACAAUGUGCGGGUCAGGGGUCGCACGGGGCGUGGCAACGCCCUGCUGGGCCUGGCCGGAGGACAUACGGCCGGGGGCGGGAUGGGUAACAGCCCCAAGUACGGAAAGGGGCGCGAAACACGCCGGAAUGUGGGUCGCAGGUUCGCCCGCAAUGCGCCCACCAGACUCCGCGAAAGUUCCGCGAUGGUGCGCUCCAAUUGGGUUUCGGUCGAGGAGAUCGACUUUCCACGCCUACUCAAGCUCACACUUCCGAACAUCAAAGAGGGCCAGAACAUUGUCACUUGCGGCUCCCUGGAAUACUACGACAAGAUGUACGAUCGAGUCAACCUGCGGAAUGAAAAGCCACUGCACAAGAUGGACCGCAUUGUGCACACCGUGACAACCACGGAUGACCCCAUCAUCCGUCGCCUCUCCAAGACCAUGGGCAAUGUCUUCGCCACCGACGAGAUCCUGGCCACCAUUAUGUGCUGCACUCGCUCGAACUACUCCUGGGAUGUGGUCAUCGAGAAGCUGGGAGUCAAGGUGUUCUUGGAUAAAAGGGAUAAUGCCCAGUUCGAUCUGCUCACCGUGAACGAGACUUCGCUGGAGCCGCCGAUGGACGAGGCGGGUUCCAUCAACUCGGCCCAUAGCUUGGCCAUGGAGGCCACAUUCAUCAACCACAAUUUCAGUCAACAGGUGCUUCGCAUUGGUGACCAGGAGCCGCGCUACAAGUUCGAGGAGCCCAAUCCUUUCGAAGAGCCGGGUGCGGAUUUGGCCUCCGUGGGCUACCGCUACCGCAAGUGGGAUCUGGGCAACGAUAUAGUGCUGAUCGCCCGCUGCAAGCAUAACGGGGUCAUCCAGGGACCCAACGGGGAGCUGCAGUUCCUCUCGAUCAAGGCGCUGAACGAGUGGGACUCGAAGGCGACGAAUAGUGUGGAGUGGCGCCAGAAACUGGACACUCAGCGCGGUGCAGUCUUGGCCUCCGAGCUGCGCAACAAUGCUUGCAAGCUGGCUCGCUGGACGGUGGAGGCUGUACUGGCUGGAUCGGAUCAGCUGAAACUGGGCUAUGUGUCCAGGGUCAGUCCGCGGGAUCACCUGCGCCACGUGAUCCUGGGCACGCAGCAGUUCAAGCCGCAGGAGUUCGCCACGCAGAUAAACCUGAACAUGGACAACGCCUGGGGCAUCCUGCGCUGCCUCAUCGACAUCGUGAUGAAGCAGCCGGACGGAAAGUUCCUGCUCAUGAAGGAUCCCAACAAGCCGAUGGUCCGGCUGUACGACAUACCCGAAAACGCCUUCGACUCGGAAGUGGACGAGGAGGACGACUCCAGCGAGCCCUUCGGCAACUCUAUCGAUAACUAAUGCUUACACAAAUUCAUUUAACUAAUAGUUGUUCGAAUAAAGGGGUCCGUUGACAGGCGACACAUGCCGCACUGACAGAUGCGCUGUGAACACAAAUGCAAUUUAAA